CUGUUCACUGUUUCGUUUCAGCAUUCACAUAAAAUCAAUUCCCACACCCACUGAUUUGGCCAAAAAAGGGGUUUUAUUAAUGGGGUGUGUGUGAAAGGGAAAAAAAAAAUUCAAGGAUUAAUUUAGGUGGUCCUCACACGGAACAGGGUGGUUAAACACACAUCAAAUAGAAAAUCGUAGAUCCCACUUCUUGUGCAUUGGAACACGGUGUUGCCUUACUUGUGCCAUCGAUCUGCUAAGUAAAGUAAACAAGUAUGGCAGAAUUGCUGGUCUCUAUUGUUUUGAAGCAAUUGGGAUCAAUGACCUUGGAUCAGUUCCAACGAGAGUUUACACUGCUUUGGAACGUCAGAGAAGACGCUCAGCAGCUGUCCAGUACGUUCACCAAAAUCCAGGCUGUUCUGGAGGACGCCGAGGAGAUGCAAGUGACCAACAAAUCGGUGAAGGCUUGGUUACAGGAUCUCAAGGACCUGGCUUAUGACACAGACGACCUGUUGGACGAAUGGAUCACUAAAGCCCUUGUAUCACAGGUGAGGAACGGUGGUGGCAGCGUUUCCUUUAGCCAGAUGAAGAAGGUAUGUCAGACCUACUUGACCCCUCCUUGCUUUUGUUUCAACCCAGUACCUUUGCGCUAUAACAUGGGUUAUAGAAUGAAGAAGAUAAGGGAAAGGCUUGACAAAAUUGCUAUUGACAAAGAGAGAUACCAGCUUACAGAAACUACUGCAACUAGGAGGAGAAUAGACGAGAACCCAAAACGAUCUAGAACAAGCUCUCAAGUAGAUGCAUCAGAAAUUGUUGGUCGAGAUGUGGAGAAGAAAGAAAUAAUUAGUAAGUUAGUAAGAGAGAGCAAUCAACAACUGGAAAUAGGCCCUCAUCAUACAAUCCCCAUCAUCUCUAUUUUUGGUAUGGGGGGCUCUGGCAAGACAACCCUUGCACAGAUAAUCUACAAUGACGAUAAGGUCAUAACUCAUUUCCAAAUGAGGAUUUGGGUAUGUGUGUCUCAGCCUUUCGACCAGGACAAAAUUGCCAAAGCAAUAGUUAAAGCUGUAGACGGAAAUGCCAGUUUUAGAGAUGGUAUUGAAUGGCAAGAAUUGCAUCAACAGUUGACAAACUCCUUAAAGGGGAAGCUUUAUUUGCUUGUUCUGGAUGAUGUGUGGACUGACAAAGAAACAGACUGGAAUGAUUUGAAGCUUUCCUUCAAUCAUGGUUCACAAGGAAGUAGAAUUGUGGUCACUACACGAAAGGAGAGUGUUGCAAAGAUGAGGGGCACGACAUACAGUCAUCCUCUUGGUAUGCUCUCUGAUGAAAACUGCUGGAGGUUGUUGAGUCAUAUAGCUUUAGAUGGGAGAACAGAAGAAGAUUGUGCAAAACUGGAAGAGGUAGGCAAAAAAAUUGCAAAGAAGUGCCAAGGUUUACCCCUUUCUGCAAAGACCAUAGGUGGUCUACUCCGCAACAAAAAGCCACUUGAACAAGAGUGGGAACGUGUAUUAGAAAGCUGUAUGUGGGAUUUACCAGAAGUUAAACAAGAUAUUCUUAAUGGUGCUGUGUUACUAAGCUAUUACGACUUGCCUCCCCACUUGAAACGAUGCUUUUCAUUCUGUGCUAUCUUUCCAGAAGAUUAUAAGAUCAAGAAGGAUACACUCAUCAAGUUGUGGAUGGCACAAGGCUUCCUUAGUAAUACUAGUACUACGGGAAAAGCACCAGAGUUGAUAGGUGAUGAGUAUUUUGAAGAAUUGGCCAUGCGUGCAUUUUUUCAAGAUUUCAAAAGAGAUGAUGAUGGCAAUAACAUAAUAUGGUGCAAGAUGCAUGAUGUUGUGCAUGAGUUUGCACAAUUUCUCACAAAAGAUGAAAGUUAUGCAGUAACAAUGGAGAUCAACCAUGGCGAUGGUCAAAACUUCAACUUUCACAAAGCCCGUCACUUGAGAUUACAAUUGGCAUUGGAUCAUCGGUCUACAAAGCCUGUUCCUUCAGUCAUAUAUGAAGCAAAGAAACUAAGAACACUGUUAUUAUCCUCUUCAAAGGUGGAAAUAUCCAUGUCUGACUUAUUCCAUUGUUUGACUUGUCUAAGGGCAUUGCAUCUGGGAACAGAGGACAUUAAAGAAUUACCAAUGGAAGUGGGAAAUUUGAUGCAUCUAAGAUACCUAGAUUUGUCUGAUCAAAGUGAACUAAAGGAACUGCCAGAAACUAUAUGUGAUUUAUACAAUUUGCAGACUUUGGACCUCUAUCAAUGUGUAAAACUACAAAAGCUACCCCAAGGGAUCAGACAAUUGACUCAACUGAGACAUCUUGGAAUUAAAAAAACUCCUCAACUAAAAUAUUUACCACAAGGAAUUGGGAGAUUAAGCUCCCUGCAUACAUUAUGCAAGUUUAUUGUCGGCAAUAAUGGUUUCAGUGGAGUAGGAAUGGGAUGUGAAAUUGAGGAAUUGAAAGAUCUCAACAACCUCCAAGGGUCGCUGCAUAUAGAAGACUUGGGAAAAGUAGCAAACAAGAAUGAGGCUAGCAUGGCCAAUUUGAAGAAGAAGCAACAUCUCCGUCAUCUAGAGUUAUGGUUUGGUGGAGGUUAUUACGAGGAAGACGACAUGGUGAAGGAGAGUAUGGAGGGUGUACUCGAAGCUCUCGAACCACCAUCAUACUUGGAAACAUUGAGAAUAUGUGAAUACAUUGGAACUAAGUUACCAAACUGGAUGAACCAGGUAUUGUUGUCUAAUCUAGUCAUUUUGUGCCUAAAUAAUUUUCAAAACUGUAAGCAAUUGCCAUCUUCUUUGGGGAAACUACCAUCCUUUAAAGAGAUUGAAAUAAGUGGUUGGAAAGAGGUUAUAUACAUGAAUUUUGAAUUUUUUGGACUCAAUAAUACUGGUGGAGCUGUCACUUGCACUGCAAGCGAUGAUGGAGAGAAGAAGGUAUUGUUCCCCAAGUUGGAAAAGAUCUCAAUCUAUGACAUGCCAAGCCUAGAAGAAUGGAAUUUGGGAAUACAAGAGGAAAGCGGAGAGACUAAUAUUACCUUUAUGCCAUGUCUUCAUACUUUGCAUCUCCAUUAUUGCUCCUCCAUGAAUGCAUUGGUUCACAACUCGACUGUUCCACCACUAAGGCAAUUAGUUAUAAAGAAUUGUCCUAAAUUGGCAUCCUCUUCAUUAUCCCUUCCACAAGACCUUGAAGAGUUGAGGAUAGAGGAGAAAACAGGGGACAUUCGCAUUUUAGAAUCAUUACCACCAAUUAACAACAUCAAGUCAUUGACUCUUAAUGGUGGUUAUGUCUCAUAUGUUAGGUCACUCCCCAAAGGUUUAAAUAAUCUCACAAUGCUCCAAACGUUAGAAAUUGAACUUUGGGGAUACAUCACAUCUCUACCUGAGGAUCUACAACAUCUCACCACACUACAAAAAUUGAGCAUCGACAGCUGUCCCAAUUUGGAGAAACGUUGCCAAAAGGAGGUAGGAGAAGAGUGGAACAAGAUAUCCCACAUCCCCAAUAUUAAAAUCAAUGGCAGAAAGAUCCAGUAAAUUAUGAUGGAGCAAAGUCUAUUCUAUGCAGAUUGCACACAGAAAGGUAUUGGGUAGAGACGAAAAGAAAAGAUCCAUCAGCUUCGAACAAUUCUUGGUCGAGUGGCAAGAGUUGAUGAAAAGAAUUUUUUGGAAUCCAAGGCUGGGGAUGUUCAAACUUGAUUUAGAUGUGGGAUUUUUGAAAGAGGGUUGUGGUUCUUUGAUUUGGUUUUGAGGGACUGGAGUGGUGGCAAUCAAGAAAGUUUCUUUUAUGCAUGAAGCAGUGGCAAUCAAGAAAGGUACAAAGUUGAUGAAAAUCCUUAACAUCUCCUUGGUAAUGGUGGAAAGUUGCAAUUAGUCUCUUUGUCUCAUGCCCAUCUUCAAAGCUUGAUUGCAAGCCUAAAACAUGGUUUGAGCUUCAGAACAUUCUACGUAGGUGUAAUAACUUGCAAGUUCAUUUUGCUUUCAUUGGUCGUCAAGCUAAUUAAUGAAGCUGCCUAUAUGGCAAGCAAGAAAAGAUUAUAUUUUGGGUGAAGCGCCCAGCCAAGGGCGCCUAGUCGCCCAGCCAAGGGUGCCUAGUCGCCUAGGCAACACCUUGACAAAUAUGAUUUCACCUAAAGCAGAUGAUGAAAGUCA